AUGGCCAAGGGAAAGCCAGCAACGACGGGAAAGACCCGCAUCGGAUCACCAGUGACAUCGCCGCCGCUGUCAUGGCAAUGGCUUCAAAACUCUGAAAAUACUUUGGCUUCAACGAGCACUGCGAUCGGCGGUGAUAAACCCGAACGUCGAGACAACCGAAUACACAUUCUCGGCUCCCUGAAGCAAAGCAUGCGUGAAAUGUUUUUGCCUGUCGGGUACCCAGAGUCAGUUCAUAGCUGUUACAAGAAAUUCCACUUGUGGCUAGGAUUGGAAACCUAUGUUGGAUCAGCAAUUGGCGUGUUAUGCUCCCAAGCAAUGCUCUCGUCGCUAGGCCUGGGUGCAGCUGAAGCGACUGGAGGUGCUGUCGCUAUCCAAUGGGUUUUGAAGGAUGGUAUUGGCGAAUUUGGCAAAUUAUUCUUUAUCAAACAAUUUGCCAGCUCCUUUGAUUCACAUCCCAAAAGCUGGAAAAUUUCUUUUCGGCUGUGGGUUGCUUUCUUCAACUGUGCACUUCUGUGGUAUCACCCAAAUUUUUCUUGCCCCUUGCAGCAGGUAAUUUCCGUUUCAACUUGUCUAUAA